UCCAGGUUCCAGCCGGCAAGCUACACGUCUGUAUCCGUGGGCCGUAUACGUGAGUCAUUCAAUAAAAUAGCAAGCAAACAUUUAAACGCGCAAUUGUGUAGCCUUGACCAGGUAGCGGAUAAACGAAAAACAUGUCUGACGAGAGAUAUGACUUUGUGGUUUUGGGUGCCACCGGGUUUACGGGGCAGUUUGUUGUCGACGAAGUAGCAAGAGUUGCAGACCAAGAAAAACUCAAGUUUGCAGUUGCAGGGAGGUCCAUGGAAAAACUGCAGAAGGUCUUGACGGAAUCGUCACAAAGGACAGGCAAAGAAUUAGAGGAAACCCCCAUCAUUAUUGCUGAUGUGAAGAAUGUUUCUUCCUUGGAAGAAAUGUGCAAAAAAGCAAAAGUGGUUCUCAACUGUGUAGGCCCUGAAUCAAGUGAGAUUGCAUGA